AGCCGCCUACCCACCUCACGCCCACGGCUCUCUCUCUCUCUCCUCUCUCCGCCUCGUCAGCACUCCGAUCUCUCUCUCGUCCCCCCACACCUGCGCAGCCGGCGCAAACCCUAGCGCCGACACGCCGCGACGUGCGGCUGCCGCUGCCGGAAGUAGAGGCUUCCACCGACAUACCGUGGGCGAAGGAUGAGCGGCGCGGCUUACAGGGAUCGGGCGGAGAUGGACCGGAAGCGCAUCAAGGAGGCGCUCGAGAAGCAAGCGGAGAGGCCGACUCCGUCCACCUCCAAGGGGGCGGUGGCCAAGGAGAAGGAGCGGCUCACUGCCGGAAAGUUGAUAACGCCGACGAUCGGCAAGCCCGGGAAGGUCUCCGAUGGCGAGGAAUUCGAAACUGACAGUGAAGAUUCUGAUGUUAGUGGUUCUGAAGGAGAGGACACAUCUUGGAUUGCAUGGUUCUGUAGCUUGAGAGGCAAUGAAUUCUUCUGUGAGAUCGAUGAUGAUUAUAUACAGGAUGAUUUCAAUCUCUGUGGUCUAAGCAAUCAGGUGCCAUAUUAUGAUUAUGCACUUGAUCUGAUCCUAGACAUCGAGUCUUCUAAUGGUGACGUGUUCACUGAGGAGCAAAAUGAAUUAAUAGAGUCAUCUGCAGAGAUGCUGUAUGGAUUAAUUCAUGCACGGUACAUCUUAACCAGCAAGGGUCUGGCUGCAAUGUUAGAAAAGUUUAAGAACUAUGAUUUCGGCAGAUGCCCUCGAGUAUACUGCUGUGGCCAACCCUGUCUUCCAGCAGGGCAAUCCGAUAUUCCUAGGUCAAGCACAGUGAAGGUGUUUUGUCCAAAAUGCGAAGAUUUACAUUAUCCAAGGUCCAAGUACCAAGGCAACAUUGAUGGAGCAUACUUUGGUACUACAUUUCCUCACCUCUUCUUGAUGACAUAUCCACACUUGAAGCCGCAGAAGCCAUCGCAACAAUAUGUUCCAAGGGUUUUUGGCUUCAAACUUCACAAGCAAUCGUGACAAACUUUUACCAGCAGGUGCCACUUGUUUUUACCUAGUUUUAGGGAUGGAACACCACGGCCCAACAAUGUUGUGGCCUCUUGAUCGAGUGCCAUUGAGCUUGAAUCUUGUUGUAAACUGCUGAUCAACUGUAUGUGCUUUCUUGUAUGACUCCUGUGCAAUCCUAGGUUUUCUUGCUUGAUCAAGCCAUUUGCUUGUUUUGGGGAUAUUCGGGAUGCCAGUAUGUCCAAUUCAGAAUCAUUUCAAUCACCUCCCUAGCAAAUCUUCUUGUA